GUGCAGACACGGCGCGCCUCCAGGCCUUUCCAGGCGCGCGCCAUCGCAGAGGCAACGGGCUUAUAAUUAAGCUCUCUCGCCAGGCCAACUCCGGGGAGGCAUCGCCGCCGGACGAGCUGUUUUCUCUCAUGCACUCGCUCAGGUUGUCUACUAGUGGCAGCAGCACGGUACUCGGCCGGUUCGCCGCCGCGAGGUUGGCGGCCGCAGCUCGUGGAGGGAGGAGCGUCUCGGCCGCUCCGGGCAUGGAGCACCCGCGCGACGACAUGCACAACACCAAAGAGGACGAGACGAGCCACCCGUUCGGGGUGGCCUACUCCACGAGGUCGGACGAGGAAGGCUUCGGCGGGGUGUACGCGAGGGACGACGACCGGCCGGCGUCCAGCCGUCCAACUGCCGAGGCGCAUCCGAGCCAUCCUCCUCCUCCUGACCAUGACACCUCGCAGGUGAAGGAGGAGAAGGCGGGCAGUCUCAAGGACGACAAGCACGCCACCUAGCUUGCUAGCUAGAUAGUGCGUACUGUACGUGUUAGCUUCAUGGCAGUAGCUAGUCUUGAGUUUGCCAUCAGGUGGCUCGAACUGCUCUGCUUCUGAGGUUUGCAGCGACCGAUGUAAAGCCAUGUUUUAAGGAGUUUAUCUGUGUGUUGUAAUAAUCAUGUAAAAUACCAAGGCAUGCUUCUGUACCUUACUAGCUAGGUGCACCUAGCAUGAGCUGUAAAUCUAAGAGAUGGUUUAUAAAGUGAUAGUGAUCUGUGGGCGUGGGA